UCCCGUGCUAUGGGUGGAUGAACCAAGUGCAGCUGAGCCUACCACAGUUCCAGUAAUGGUUGGAUGCAAGGAAGGAAAGGAAUGGGAAAGGCAAGCACAGCCCAAAACCUGCAGAUUCCCGCCCGAUGAUAUUGUCCGCCAGUUCUAGCUCCCAUCCAUCUCUACUUUCAGCUUUACCGUCUCGUCUACCUUACCUUACUCGCUUCUUCUCUACGGUCUACCUCCCAACCAUACCUACUCCAUACGCAGCACCACGUCUCUAUUACGUCCUCAACUUUCAACAAGCGCCAACCCCGUCCCCAAUCUUCGUCUCCAUCUCCCUGCGCCUCACUUGGAUCUCCAUCAUCUCCUGCAUCCAUCUCUCCUCUAGGACGUCUACCGACCAAUACCGUUCCGCCUUGCCCAUCCCAAGCCACCGUCUUACUGUACAUGUAGACGAAGACUGGGCCCUCGACCAACUCAGACACCACUACCUAUCACUGCGUACGGUACCGAGUACACUACCUACAUCUGCCCGAGUGGGAAAUAGGACGGGUCAAGAUUGCCAUAUAGUUCAUCGCCAUCCCGCUACCCUAUUCCCCGCCUUCGCCUUUUGGGUCCACCCGUCAUUUCUUUGUCAACCCGUUUGGUCCCAGCAUCAACCUCGAAACACAAACACAAUUCGAAACAUUACGCACCAAGUUUUCCUCUCUAGCUUCUAAACCCGAGUCCGCACCAAGGCCUGGUCUCCAACACCUACACCCUCGCGCCAAAUCGAAAUUUGCUUCUCACCAGCUACCAUCCCGACCUUGCCGCUUUCGCGCCAUCCUCCGCCAUGCCCAUCCGCAACCCUUUUGCCCGCCGUCCGGGCCCUGCCACUCUCCAUGCAGACGAAAACUCACGACCCGAUGGCGAGAACCCGUCGCAUCCCGGCUUUGAGAAGCAAGACACGGUCGGAUCCAAAGCUUCCUCUUCCCUCAGCGUGAGGAGUUCCAAGAGCCAGGACAAUGGCGAAUACAAGAUGAGUGUCGUAAAUGACAGCGGCGUCUAUCUUCCGGUAUGCACCCCCG